AUGGCUCCUUCUACUUCCUCUGCUUCCAAGAACACCAUCUCUCCUUUGGCUCACGGUCUUGUUGAUGCUCCCUGCUGCUCCUCCUCUUCCAAUGCCAUCGAAAAGGUCGAUGCUCCUGUUGAGUCUGAUAUCAUUCUGGCUCCCUUGUGCACUAUCUCUCAGAAGAAGGACUUGGAUGCUCCUGUCGAAUCCGACAUUAUCCUUGCUCCCUUGUGCACCAUUGCCUAA